AUGCUCGCCCAUAUCCUCUGGUUGUUUCCGAUAAUCUCUGCGUCGACAUGGCUAACCAUGCUGUGCUCGAUGCUUGGGCACUGGGUGACUCUCGGGGAGCCACGGUAUGGGAGGAUGAGGCCUGGACAGACAAUACCGUUCAUUUCGGACAUUGGCGCAGGAGAAUAUAAACCGAUUUUCAUGACUGGCAGCAUCGUUUCCAUGUUCUUCCUCAACCUCUCUUUCUACCAAUUCUUGCAGCGAAAGGCACACGGAAGCCAAGCCUGCACAUAUCUCUCGUUUAUUUUUUCGAUCAUUGGGAGUCUUGGUCUGGUACUGCUCUCUUUCUUUGAUAAUCUGGAUUAUCUGUCUAUCCACGAUAGCCUCGUCGCGGUCUUCAUGACUGGUUUUCUUCUUAGCGCCGCCAUUAUUUGCAUAGAAUACUUUUACUACAGGAUGUCAGACAAAAUAUACGAUCCAGCCCUGGUGACCAGUUUCGCAAUCAAGUCUUCGUUUGUGAUUGUUGAGCUUGUGUUCAUAUUUGCAUUUCGAGUCACCGCUGCGGUCGGAGAUGCGCAGAAGAAUGCAGCUGCUGUUUUAGAAUGGGUCGUUGCUUUCAUUUUCACGGGGUAUAUAAUUUCUUUUGCGGUUGACCUCAGACCCUCUCCCGCUCUCGAUAAACGAACGGACACCCAUCACGAGUACCAGCAGCUAGAGAUGGAUAUGGGUCCGAUCAGCAGAAUAAUGAUCUAG